GUACUUAUUCAUUUGCUUUCAAUUCACUUCUUUUUUUUUUUAAGAGUCAAUGGCCCCAGCAAAAAUGGCAACGUUGACAUCUACAACAUUAUCACAUUAGUUGCUGAUAUAUUAGUAUUAGUGGUCAAAUUCUGGAUUGCGAUUGUAGAGUCAAUUGUCAAAGUGUUUAUGCCACAAGAAAUCGAUGUCAAAGGUAAAACAGUGCUUAUUACUGGCACCGGUCACGGCAUUGGCAAGGAGCUCGCCCUGCAAUACAGUGCACUUGGCGCCAAACUAAUUUGCUGGGAUGUGAAUGAGGAAGCCAAUCAGCAGACAGUGAAGGAAAUCAAGGCUUACGGUGGUGAAGCCUACGCUCAUAGCUGCAAUGUUACAAAACGUGAGGAGAUUAAUGCAUUGGCCGAGAAGAAUAAGAAAGAGCAUGGCUUCAUCAAUGUUAUUGUCAAUAAUGCUGGUAUUAUGCCAUGCCAUCCACUGCUGGAACACACUGAGACUGAGAUUAGAACUAUGUAUGAGAUCAAUGUAUUAGCACACUUCUGGAUCAUCCAAGCAUUCCUGCCCGAUAUGAUAGCGCGCAACGAGGGACACAUUGUCGCUUUGUCAUCGUGUGCCGGUUUCUUUGGCUUGCCCAAUUUGGUGCCAUACUGCGGCACAAAAUUUGCGGUGCGCGGUCUUAUGGAAGCGCUAAGCGAAGAACUGCGUCACAAGAACCCACAAAAUAAUAUCAAACUGACCACCAUUUACCCUUACAUGGUAGAUACAGGUCUCUGCAAGCGCCCGCAUUACCGCUUCCCUGCGCUAUUCAAGCUUGUUAAGCCCACAGAUGCGGCAGCUAGCAUCAUUAAAGCACAACGUACCAGCCUCGAGCAUGCGAGUAUUCCACGUGAAUAUUUAUAUAUAGACAAAAUCGGACGUCUGUUGCCACGAAAUGCCAUGCGGCUGCUCAACGAUUUCGUCGACGCAGGCGUGGAUUCCGAUAAAUGAGAAAGCAAGACAGAGAGCGAGCUGCAGAAAGGAGCAUUACAACAAAGUAUGGAGGGCAGUUAAAUCGAUAUGCCGCAUUUGUAUGCCAAUUGUUUUUUUUUUUGUACGAAAAUACCAAAUACAUACAUGUUAAUAAACUUUUAUAAUUAGUGUUAUAUACAUAUGUAAAUUUUGUUCGACCCUAAAGUGCUGCGAAAUAAUUUGUUAAUUAAACACAGUUGAUCUUUUGGUAAAAGUUUACAUAAAUUUUAUACUUUUAUUCCCUAUUUACAUAGAAUGUGACAUUGUGGGUUGCAUGUUUUACACAUAUUCAUACAUAUAUGCACCAUUUAUACAUACGUAUUAUUUAUUGUUGGCUUUUGAACAUGUAGAUGUGUACAGAUACCUAUAUACUAUACAGUAUGUAUUUUGAUAAAAAUAAAAAUAAAAACAGCCAUAUGUAG